UUUGACUUUUAAAAUUUAAAUCUGUUAUUGUAACGGUGAAUAGUACUGCUUAUUGCUGCUUAUUUAUUGUUGUUUAAUAGUGUUAUUCUGUAAGUUUAGUUAAUAUGAAUUACCUCAAUGAUAUGAGUGAUGAGGAAUUUGUACCGUUCCUUCAUAGCCUUGGUGUUGAUACUUAUAAAAAGUCUUUUGAAUGGAUGUUAAAUGACCCUGACUUUUCUGAUGUUUUGCGUUGGAUUUACAGAAAUUUAGAUCAGAAUAAUGCUUUAACUGAUCGAGAAGAAUACAGGUAUGCAGAAUUAGACAAAAAACGGAAAUUAUUACCACCAGACGAGUUAGAAAAUGAAAUUAUUUCUAUUCAAAAUGAAUUUAAAGGACUCUGCCUACCAGGAGAUAAUGACUCUUUAGAAGAUAUCAAGCUUGAUAUCAGCAUGCAUAAAGAAAAAUUAAUGAUGUUGGAAAAACAAGAAAUCAUUCUUAAGGAAUUAAUAGAACAGAAUCAAUCAACAAAAGAAGAAUUAACAUUAGAAGUAACCAAGCUAAAUGUUAAGCUACAGCAGUGUGCUGAUGAUGAAAAAACAGCGGCAGAAGAAUGUAUAGAGUUAGCUGAGCAAGAAGAAUCUGUAUUCAAUGAUGUUAUUCAUAUUAUCGGUGAUGCGUUGAGUGUAUAUGCUAAUUGUGCAGUUGAUAAGGAGUUAUCAAAGAGAUUCUUUACAUUUGGUCCCUUUGAGUCAUACAGACAGUCUCAAGCAUUGUUCAAGUCACAUUUCGACUUGUACACGUCUAAGAAAUUUAGCAAGAAACAAAAUGAUCACAGUAAUGAAGAGGAAUUACAAAAUGCUUUAGCCGAAGCCAAAAAUAUAGAAAGCUGGCUUUCAGAUGCAUUAUGUGCUUACAUAGAUACAAAAGGCGAAUUAAGUGGUGAACAAGCUAAAUUACACCUCAUAACCAACUAUAAUAAUGUACAUCCUAGUCAAAUAACUGUCUCUGCAAUGGAAGCUCAGAGUGCCAUAGAGUUGUUAGAGCAGGAAGAAUCUAUCCUAGAGCAACAGCUACAGGUGGCAGUUAAGAACUUUGUGGACAGAAGGACUAAUCUUGCAGUAGAGAUGACUGCUAGAUCAGCAUUGGCUGUCAGAGAACGCGUGUGUGAGGAGCUCCUCGCACUGCAGCGUGUGACGUGUCGCGCGCUACGUGUGGACGCGCUAGUGUACAGUGCGCUACGUCGCGAGCUGCGCGCGGCGGAGGAGCUGCUGCACUUCGCGGCCAGCCUGCGGGGACACGCGCUGUGCAGCGACGCGCCCGCUAGAGACAGACUGCUGCGCGCGGCGGAGGAGCUGCUGCACUUCGCGGCCAGCCUGCGGGGACACGCGCUGUGCAGCGACGCGCCCGCUAGAGACAGACUGCUGCGCGCGGCGGAGGAGCUGCUGCACUUCGCGGCCAGCCUGCGGGGACACGCGCUGUGCAGCGACGCGCCCGCUAGAGACAGACUGCUGCGCGCGGCGGAGGAGCUGCUGCACUUCGCGGCCAGCCUGCGGGGACACGCGCUGUGCAGCGACGCGCCCGCUAGAGACAGACUGCUGCGCGCGGCGGAGGAGCUGCUGCACUUCGCGGCCAGCCUGCGGGGACACGCGCUGUGCAGCGACGCGCCCGCUAGAGACAGACUGCUGCGCGCGGCGGAGGAGCUGCUGCACUUCGCGGCCAGCCUGCGGGGACACGCGCUGUGCAGCGACGCGCCCGCUAGAGACAGACUGCUGCGCGCGGCGGAGGAGCUGCUGCACUUCGCGGCCAGCCUGCGGGGACACGCGCUGUGCAGCGACGCGCCCGCUAGAGACAGACUGCUGCGCGCGGCGGAGGAGCUGCUGCACUUCGCGGCCAGCCUGCGGGGACACGCGCUGUGCAGCGACGCGCCCGCUAGAGACAGACUGCUGCGCGCGGCGGAGGAGCUGCUGCACUUCGCGGCCAGCCUGCGGGGACACGCGCUGUGCAGCGACGCGCCCGCUAGAGACAGACUGAAAUCUAUGAACGAUAUCUGCGCUGAACAAGAAGCAGUUGAGAAGCAAUUACAGUCCUCAGAUAUUUUACUUAACACAAUACUGUCUAUUCUCGAUUCAGAACCGAGUAACGAUGCCUUACUACCGAUCAAACUGUACAAUGAACUAAAAAGUAGUGUACAAAACUUAAAAGACAAUAUCAACGAAGGUUAUAAGUGUAAGGAAGAAGAUUUAGUUGAAAUUAAAUCAUCAACAAAACCGCUAAAAGACUACAUUUGGGAUGGCAGCACUAAACAACCAAACUGCUAUGACAGAACUGUAGCCGCCAUGAAUCAUUCGCUAAGAGAAGAAAUGGACGCUGUAGACGCUAAAGUUGUUAAAACUAGUGGAUUAUUUAGUUCAGUUAAGAAUGGAGACAAAUAUAACAUAAGAAAGUUGUGGCAGUGGUUCCUCACCGAUCAAGCAAAGUUGCUUGCUACAAUCAAAAACAUACAGAGAAGCUAACAUUUAAAAAAUUAAUCUUUAUGUAUCUUCAUAUAUUAUACAUUUAUAAUUUUUUUUUUGUAAAUAAA